UGGGCGCGCAUGGUGCACAGGCACGUUUACAGGCGGAGUUUUUUGGAGAGGGGUGGCGCGCGUCUUUCUCCAAGUCGAGAGAGCGAGUCAGUCGUCAUCUUCUCUAAACUGCUCCAAAAAUCAUCCAAAGGCUCACUAUGGGAAACCGGUUGUUCAAGAAGCAGGAGGCCUCCAGCAGCACUGAUCAAACUGUUGCUGCUGAACAAAAACUUGCAAAGGAGCCUAUGACGACACAGCCUGAAGAUUCUGGGGCAAUGCUGAACCAAGAGGUCGCUGAGUCUGGGAAACCAGAUAUUGUGGAGUCUGAAAAUGUCACACCGGCGUUACCAAAAGAAGAAUGUGUCGCAUGUGCAGAGCCUCUUGCUGCAGCUCUUCAGAGUGAAGCAGAAAAUCUGGCUAAAGAAGCUCCUGCUCCAGUCCUAGGAGUCAGUGUUCCUUCACCUCCAGAACCAGCUGCUGUUCAUCAGCUUGCUGCAGAAUCCAAACCAAAGCCAAAUGUUGAGGCAAUGCCAGUGCCCAUUUCUGAGUCAGCCCCAGCUGAGCCUGCACCUCAGGCAAUGAACCUGACUGAGGAGUCUGUGCAUGACCCGACACCAUCCUCACUCCCUUCUGUUGAGCCAGCGAUCCCGGAUCUCUCAUCCCAGCCUGACAAAGCUCCUGCAGCCCCGGCUGACAUCCCAGCUCCUGCAGCCUCAGCUGACAUCCCCGCUCCAGUCAUUCCAGAGGUGCCAUCAGAUGUACCGGCUGAGGAAUGCAGCGCUGAGGGUGUAGUGAUUCCUACGUCUGUCCCAGAAAAGGCCGCAGAAACAUCAGAAUCUCUGAAGCCAACAGAGGGAGAGGCUACAGGGAAUUCAGAGAAGCUCAUGAGUGAUGUCAACAUGAAAAGUAUUAGUGGACAGUUAAAGCAGUUGGAGCUGUCAGGAAGUGACCUUGUCGCUGACCUCAUUCCAAGUGAUAUCAAGAUGUCUGCUGACACGACCGUCGCUGACACGAAUGGUUCAACUGAGCUGAUGUGAAACCUUUCAAGAUGAUUUGCCCCCGAAAAACAAAACUUGAUUUCCCCCCCCCCAACUCACACAUCCCUUCACAUGAUUUAUGAAAGACUCAUGGUUACACUCCCACCCCGCCCCACAACAAAAAGGAAUACUUCACAGAAAAUGUCCGAUCAUUGUAUUGAUCUGUAACCACAUGAAAUCAAGUACAUUUAUCAUGCACGUACAAUAAAGAAAUGUGGAAACGUAUACAGGACCAAACUUAAAUUCACAUUUUUAUGGCACACUAGUCUAUUUUAAAGUAAGAUUCUCAAAGCUUAAGAAUUCCAGUUCAAAUCUAAAUUAGUCUACCUGCACACCAACAGCAUGUCCGGUAGUGUUUUUAAAAAGCUGUACUUAUUCACAUA